CUUCUCUCUAAACCUCCCAGAAUCAUUUCCUCCUCCUUCUCUCUUCAUUCUUCACCUCCAAAUCAUCAACCAAUCUUCAACAUCAAUUAAUCACUUUCUCAAUCAAGAUUAAGUCAAGAUUAGCACUAAGCUCCAAGGAUUAUCAUCUAUCACAAGUUUGAUCUUCCUUAUCUCUUUAAAUCUUGUACUUCAAUCAUGAAUUCAUCUAUUUCUAUGCUUCCAAACAUGUAUAGCUAAAUAAAUUUGGGGCUAGAAAUUGGUUAAUUAAUUGUUCUUAUCAUGUUUUAAUUUGUAUUGAUUUUAAUUGUUAAGUUUGUUCUAUUUAGAUUGUUGUGUCCAGGAAAUUAAUUAUGUUAUGUUUGUGAUAUAUAUUAUGAGUACUCAAUCAUAAACAUAUUGUUUGUUAAAUACACAAAUGAACACUUUCUGAACACACCGUUAAACUUCUUUUACCUUGUCCCGGAUUGAAGUUUUACGGGAGAAUUUAAUUAUUUAAUUAUAUUAUUUACACCACGGGGUUGGGUAAAUAAUAUAGUUAAUAAUUAAGGUUGUCGUUGUACUUAAACAACUAGUCUCGUUUUGGCCAUCACUGGGAAAUGUUGACUAGUUACUUAUUUUAGAUGACUUGUGUUGGGUCCUAAAAUAUUUAUCCACAACUUCUCACAAUCUAUCUACGAAUAAAAUUAGCAAUUAUUUCUUUCAAUUAAACAUUGAACAAUUAGUUACCAAUUUCUACCCCUACUUACUAUUGGUUGAACUUUGUGUUGAUAAAAAUCUCUCAUCUCAAUCACUUUUAUUUUAUUACUUUUCCAAGCAACCAAAAAAAAUCAAAAGAAAUGCACUCCCAACUUUAAUCCUUAGUUUGUGCUUAAUUAUUUUAUUUCCCGCUUCUCUGUGGUUCGACACCCUACUUCCUUGGGUAAAAAAAUAGUUGCAUGCCCAUUAUAUGCUACACACCACGUAGAUUGGAUUUGUCCUGGUUGGGUCCACUUUUAUCAAUACCCGUUUGAGAAGCUCUGUGUACGAUUCCCCUUCUCUGAGUUGAUUUGUCCUUCACUUCUGCGGAUUUGGGCUUUACUUAUGACCUACGAACAUCGGGAAAAGGGAGAUUCAUAUUGAAGAUUAAACCAGGUAUGGAACCCCUGAUUUUGGGCAUUGAUAACGCGAAUAACAGAGGCUAGUUGAUCAAAUUCUUCUUCAUCGAAAGAUCGACAUUGGGCGAGCCCAGAAGCCUUUUUCCGACCGUCUGAAAGUUGCAGGAGAAGUGAAAAUUAUCCCUCUAGAAUUUGGUCCUACGGCAAAGGAAAGGACCAAUGCUUCCUGGCUUUAAACCCUAAAGCCAGCCUUUACUCGAACCUCAAGCCAGAAUUUCGAGAUUUGUCAGCAGUUUCUUUUGAAAGUUCUGAAAAGGAUGAUGAUGUGGUGAGCAUUACUAGAGAUGUCGACGUUCAGCCUAUCAAAGAAGAAUGUGCCUCGGUGUUUCGUGCUCCUUCCCCCGUUGUUCCUUCUGCGCACGUUACUGGUAUUUUCUGCUGUUGUUGUUGCCAUUUGUAAUUGUUGUUGUUGUUGUGUUUUUUUAUAUGAAUGUUUGGAAUUCGACACAGCUGCCUCAUCUUCUUUUGGUCUGCGUAGAGCCCUCGAUCCCCCACUUCCUUCUUCUACCAGUGUUGCUCCGGCGACAACUUGUUCCUUGCCGCCUCCAUCUCUGCUUCCUAAGACAGAUUCCAUCUCGAACGAAAUUACCCCUUUGAAGCUUGAAUUCUCCUCAGAGUUUUGCCGCCUUGACAAUGCACUGAAGAUGAAAGACGAAGUUGCCCAGAUGCUCCUUCCCCCUGCUAUCAAUGUCUUCUCUGGUUUUACUAAUGUUGACAUUUUGUCGACAUCUUCAGCUCUGGCUUGUAGCUCAUUUGUAGCUCUGACAUUUCUAGGUAAGUCUAAAUUCUCACUUGUAGCUCAUUUUGUUUUUUAUGCCUGAAUGAUGCAUCAUACUCUGUCUCCUAUUUAUAAAUUUCAAUUGAUACAAACCAAUUUGGCUGACGCCAAGCGUCUACAAGCUUUGGAGAGUGAUUUGAUAUCAUCUCGAUGUGCUGAAGAGGAGGCAAAAGAAAAACUCUCUAAUCUUGCACAACUGAAUUUCAAUCUAGAGGAUAAGGUAGCAUCUCAAGCUCGGGUGAUUGACGAGUUAAGAGAGGAUUUGAGGGUCAAGACGAGUACGUUUAAGCUACUUGAAGAGUAUGGCAGGAAGAAGAGACAAGAAGUGGUAGAUGCAGCAGGGUUUUACACUUGGCAAACAAUAAAAGAACAUCAUGAAAUCAUUUCUAGCUGGUGAGUCGAACAAGUGGACACCUGAGGAAGACAUCGCUCUUUGGACGAAGCAUUUUGAAGGAGUUGAACCCCCGGUAGGUGAUGACGGCUUUGACUUGGGUGCAUUUGAUACCGAGGUUGAGUCUGCCCCUGCACCUCAGUCUUGACGUGGUUGCUUAGUUUUUAUUUAAACAAUCCUUUUUGCCUGAACACUUUAAUUUUUGAGUGCUUGAAUACUUUUAUGACCACACCGACUGGUAGUUUAUUCGGCGUUCGGUGGUCUUUGUAAUUAGAAGUGUCACAAACAUCUGACGGUUUAACUUGAUUUCGUCUACUUAUUGGUUUGCUAAAAAGUCUUAAACAUCGUGUUGUCGUAUGCAUGCAAAGGUUAUGCUUAUAUGUUG